AUGUUGCACCCCCUCCGCAGAAUAAAUGAAAAAAAUGUGAAUAAAGAAUUAGAAGAAAAAUUGGUCAAACAAAAUGUAAAUAUUCAACGACUAUUCGAUAACUAUGAGAAGUUAACAGUGAAACAACCAACGUCUGUACGUGUUGAACAAACAGACGAAAGUAAUGAUCUGAAACAACAACAGUUAGAUGAUGGAAAUGUACGUGUACAGUUGUUACCACAGCCACAAGUGCAACAACAACAACAGGAAGAAAAAGCAGGUUCAAUAACUGACGUCGAGGAACUAGUCACCGAUACGACAACUGAAUCAAUACAUGAUGACCGGAACACAGCAUCCGUAUUAACGAAUGGAAAAGUGUUACUUACCGGUGGAGUUAUUGGUAACGAUGCUAAUCAUGCAAAUAUUCACACAACGAGUGCUGAGUUGUAUGAUCCAUCAACAGGACCCUGGACAGCGACUGGUAACAUGAAUGACGCACAAUCUAGUCACAGAGCGCCUGUAUUAGAGAACGAAAAAGCGUUAGUUUCGGCUGGAAUAGGAGGUACCUACGGGCUUCUAAAUAGUGAUGAGCUAUUUAAUCCAUCGACAGGAACUUGGACAACAAUAGGCUAUCUGAAUAAUGAACGAUACUGGCAAACAGCAACUGUCUUAACAAAUGGCAAAGUACUAGUUACUGGUGGAGCGGGUAUGGGUGACUUAAGCAGUGCUGAGUUGUAUGAUCCAUGA